AUGGCAGGAAGACGGCUCGUCGACGCCGCCAAGCUUUUCAAUGCCUCGAGAGGCGUCGCCCAGCAGCACAUUGCACUUCGAUCGAACCAGUGGGAUGCCUACACAAAGACAUCGUCGCUAGCCAAAGCAGUCAAGAAUCAGACCGACCGCGUUACUCUCACGGCAGCCGCUGCCAUCGCCCUCUCUCAACGCUUCAGCGAGGAAGCACCGUCGUACGCAAAAGCCGCGGCCGAUCGAGCGACAGGCGGACAAUGGACACAGCAGACAUGGAAGUCGCAGCCAUCGCAUUCUGAGGACAUUCCGAGAAGGGAGACAGUCAACAAGGACCAGGCGCCAGCAGGAAGCGUUAAAGAGGGUGUGGAACAGGACCAUCACUACGAUCGCUCCACACAGAACACAGUCAACACACCACCGCCUACAGAGGAAUUGGAAGUGGAGCAACGGGAAGCACCCAGGUCACCGCUGCCCGAUGGCACCAUCCCAAGCAAUGGAUUGACCCUGGAGCAGGAGGAUAAGGGAAAGGAUGUUUUCUCGGAAAGACCGGUGCCUGAGACAUCAAAGGAUCCUUUAGCACAAGACCAGAUCGAGGACGAUAUACCAGAAGGCAUAAAUACGGAUGUGUUUCAUUCCAAGCGCGUCGCGAGGAUGCUUGGAAGCGACCCUUUUUCGCGGAAAGAGUAUGCAGAGCGGAAGAGCAAUGGCAGGCAUCCACUUGAUGAUCGACCGGUGGGCAGGCACCCGCUUGAUGAUCGACCCAUGGGUAGACAUCCGCUUGAUGAUCGGCCUUUGACACCAGCACAGAGGCCAACUUCACCAGCGUCACAACCGAAACUGUCUCAGGCACCGCAGUCAGAGACCACCUCCAAAGAGAUGGAACAGCUUUCCGAGAUAGCAGCAACUUCAGAGAAGACAGCAUACACGCUACGAGAAUCAAGAGUCCCGUCAUCACGGUUUGGCCGUAUAUGGCAAUAUGCCGGUUUGGGCACUAGCAUGGCUCUCGGAGCUGUGGGCGAAGGUCUUCGACGUGCAACUGGUAGUGCUGCAUCGACCACCGGCUCCCUCAUGUUAAGUGAACGAAACCUGGAGAUUCUGGUAGCGAAAUUGUCACGCAUGCGAGGUGCUGCCCUUAAGCUUGGUCAGAUGAUCAGCUUCCAGGACAUCAAGAUGCUUCCACCUGCGAUUCACGAUGUACUGCAGAGAGUUCAAGAUAGUGCCGACUAUAUGCCAGCCUCGCAAAGAAACAAGGUCUUGAGCAGCAACCUUGGCCAUAACUGGCGGGACCUUUUUGAUUCAUUUGAAGACGUUCCUAUAGCGGCAGCUUCGAUUGGCCAAGUGCAUAAAGCAGUACUCAAGUCUACGGGGCAGACGGUAGCUGUCAAGGUGCAAUACCCUGGCGUUGCCAACUCUAUCGACUCGGACCUUAGCAACCUCUCCAUUCUCCUAACAGCAUCCCGUCUCCUACCCAAAGGACUCUAUCUUGACAAGACCAUUGCAAACGCACGCACAGAGCUAGGCUGGGAAUGUGACUACACACGCGAAGCAGAAUGCCAAACCCGCUUCCGUGAAUUUCUCCAAGACGACACAGACGUCUUUACCGUUCCCAAAGUCUUCACUGAAGCCAGCGGUCCUACAGUCCUCACUGCCGAGUUCAUGCAAGGCGUAGGCGUCACCAAACUCAAAACCCUCACCCAAGACCAGCGCGACUGGAUCGGCACCCAGAUCCUGCGUCUCUGCCUCCGCGAAAUCGUAGAAUUUAAAUUCAUGCAAACAGACCCCAAUUGGACAAACUUCCUGUAUAACCCCAAAGCAAACAAAAUCGAACUUCUAGACUUUGGUGCAAGCAGAGAUUAUCCAGAUGAAUUUGUCGAACCUUACAUUCAAGUCCUUAUCGCUGCCUCCAAGGGUGAUAGAGAUGCAAUCCGCGAUUUCUCACUCCAAUUGGGUUACCUAACCGGAGACGAGAGUCCCGCCAUGCUCGAUGCGCACAUCCAGAGCGUACUUACCCUCGCUGAGCCAUUUAGUACAUCCGGUCCUGCGGUCUAUGACUUUAGAGAUCAAACCAUUACGGAUCGGGUGCGUGGUUUGAUUCCCGUUAUGGUGAAGGAGAGAUUGGCGCCUCCACCCGAGGAGACGUAUAGUCUGCAUAGAAAGCUUAGUGGUGCGUUUUUGUUGUGUGCAAGGCUGGGUUCGCAGGUCCCAUGUAAAGAGCUUUUUGAGAAGGCUGUGGGGACGUGGGAGGCGAGGAAGAAGGCUUGA